AUGAGCCCAUCAAAGUUCCAUGGCGAUGAUCCAUCAAGAAGGGAAAUCAACGGUCCACGCCCGUCUCCAUUGAGGAUCAACAAAGACUCUCAUUCUAUCCAAAAACCAUCUUCUUCUUCGUAUCCUCGCACAUCAGAUCAUCAAACCCAUCUUCACCAACAUCAACAUCAACAUCAACAUCAACAACAACAAAACCCAGUAAUCAUUUACGCUCAUUCUCCCAAAAUCAUCCAUACCCAGCCUCGCGAUUUCAUGGCCUUGGUUCAGAAACUCACGGGUCUAUCAAGCUCCUCUGCACCACAAGCUCAAAAUCAACCUCGAAAAAAUGGGUCUUUGUUGAAUAGAAAAGAUGAGAUUGAAACGAAGGGUAUUGAGAUUGAGGAUAAAAACGAGUCCUCUUCAGGAAAUAUUACAGAUGAUGACAAGUUUGGUUUGUCUCCUAGUACUUUCAAUCUGAACGAUGUGCCGAAUCAAUACUUGGCCGAUAUACCGCUAUUCACGCCGAAUUCCAGCAAUUUGUUUAUGUCUCCCCGGCCUCUGUAUAGAUAUGUGGAUUCAAUGUUUCCAUCGCCAAACAUGGGUUCUGUUUUUGAAGCUAUCAAGGAACUUCCACAAUAUUGA